AUGGCAUCUUCAACCAAUUCCGACUUCAACCCAUUCGCAUGGAUGAUAUGCCCGCCCAAGUUGGAAGCUGAGGUAUACACUUACAUGUAUGUUUGCAAGUAUAACGGCAAAAUAUUCAACAUUUUGUUGUCUCCCAACCCUCCCCUCGGCUACGAUACUAUGAACUCUAUCGAAAUUCAAUACCUUCAAAGACUGGAGGAAGUUGACUCCUGCGAAGGUGAUGACGAGGAAGAUGUUGAGAGGAUGAUGGACGAAUCGGACAGAGUGUCAGCAGAGGUUGAAAUCGCUGUUCUCAAGGCAUCUCAAUCAUUAAUGCAAGCUCUUGCUCCAGAGACACAAGACGAGACUCAGAUUAAGCCGCUGCGUUCGUGGAUGUACCCCGAAAUCAUCGACUUGCAAAUCGUCACCAAAGACGGGAAACUUGUGGCCGUCAAACGGGAUGAUGCACCAACCCUCGAUUUUCACCCUCCCAUCACAGACCCUCACAUAAUCGGUAUCAGUGUCCCUCAUCAUCAAGUCUCCGAAAUUCAAGUUCUUGCCGAGCUAUUUCCAUACGUUUACAAAGUUCUCGUCAAUGGCCAGAUUAUGUGUGCGAAAGUGACUCGAAACGCCGUACAUGAUUCGAUGUCUGAUGAAGUCAAGAAGCUCUCUCAGAUUCAAACAACAAAUUUUGGUGCAUUUGUCAGGGUCCCACAACUUCAGGCACUCAUCGUAUCGCACACUGGCAUUGUAGGAUUUCUAAUCGACUACAUUGCAUCACUUGGCUACCACCUCGAAGAUGCUUUGCGCUGUGCGAAAGCCACAAGCGGCACCUUGGUCAAAGAAGGAAAUGGACCGCCGCUACCAGAAAUCACCAUUAGCAAGGCACAAAAAGAGAAAUGGUCAGGCCAAAUCGAAGAGACGUUGAGAGCUCUGCACGCUCGGAACAUCAUUUGGGGUGAUGCAAAGAUGGCGAAUAUUCUCAUUGACGAGGUCACUGAUGAUGCUUGGGUCGUUGAUUUUGGAGGGGGAAAUACAGAAGGUUGGAUUGAUCCUGAGCUGCAUGGCUCGGUGGCAGGGGAUAUACAGGCGCUUGAGCGGAUCAAGAAGGAGUUGGCUGACGAUUAG